AUGGACGACUUCACCUCAAUCAAGGAAGCAAAGGCAGAUGCACGCGUUGAGCCUGCUUCCUCUUCCGACAUUGACGUUGGACAAUCCACUCCAACGCUGCACGCAUCAGCUCCUCCGUCAUGGGCUCGAUACCUCCCCGGCCCGUCCCCGACAUACCGGUUCAAAGGGCUGUCCAGGUCCCUGUCUCGCAUCGGGGUGACCGCUUGCGGUUGCAUGAUCUUUCUCCUGUCCGGCUAUAAUGUCGCCCUCAUGGGUGGUGUUUCAUCUUUGCCGCAAUACCUCCAAGUUGUUGGCCUCACGGACGGAUCUCGCAAAACUGAGCUUCUCAUUGGCACAAUCAAUGCCAUGUACUGGAUUGGAGUCAUCUUCGGCGCUCUCGGCGUGGGAUGGCUUUCAGAUACCAUUGGCCGGCGCCGCGCUCUUGUGGUUUGCCUCCUGUAUGCCACUAUCAUCAUUCCCAUCUUUGCAUCUCUGCAGGGCUUUGCCUGGGGUCUCGCGCUUAGACUGCUGAACGGUGUUGCUGUCGGCGCCAUCGACUCAGUCGGCCUUAACUGGACUGCCGAAACAGCUGAUCAUAAGCGCCGUGGUCUAGCCAUUGGCACCGAGCUUGUCUUUGCCCCUACCGCUGCGAGUAUUGCCUUUUUCAUGGUUCUGUCAGCCUUUUUCGUCCAAUUCUCGACUCAGAUCAUGGUUGGUGUCGGCUUGGUGUCAGCCUAUGGCAUCCUGCUGUUCGAGACUGGCGGCUUUGCUCCAGAUCUGGCAGCGUUGCUCACUGGUGGUGCCAUUGCCACACAGGCUCUCUUUGGCAUCCCCGGGGCGUUUCUCGCCGACAAGAUGGGCCGCCGCCGUGCCAUGUGGGUGGGAGCCUUGAUCAGUGCCGUCAUCCUUCUACUGAUCGGAGUUUGUGGCUAUUUCGUGGACAAGCACGCCGAGAUGAACCCUGACCUCGCAAAGACGUACGGACUGGUUAUCAUCUUACCCCACUCCCUUUCUCGUGUCCCGGAACUUGAUACUGACUUGCUUGUUGGGUAUGACAGUUUGGGUGCCCUUCACCUACCCCUCCGAGAUCUUCCCGGCACGGUCCCGCACACGCGGGAGUUCAAUUGGUAUUGCCGGGUUCGCGACAUCAUCGUUCCUAGUCAACAUGAUUGGCCCGACCAUGUUCUCUGCAAUAGGUUAUGGGUCGUUGUUCUUGAUCUGUGGUUUGGCUUUCAUUGUCACAUUUGUGACAUUCUUCUUCAUGCCAGAAACCGCAGGGAAAACACUGGAGGAGAUUGA